AUGUCGCCAAAAGAAAUCCUCUCCGAUACACCACUUCCCAAUUGGGAACUUAUUGAUGAGGUAUCCAUCUCCUUGCUUGAAAGUGGUCUGGCUCGUUUUUCAACGCUUCAAGCUGUCUUGCCCACAAUGCUCUCGUUCGAUGCCACUUCAGAUGAAGCUUCUCAACGAAGCCGAAAGCUUCUUCGCAUUGCACAGCUUCAAAUCGAAUAUCUACUGAAAUCUCAAAGUCAGCUGGUGCAGCAAAUUCAAAAGUUGAAAACCGAGCUGGUUUCGAAGAGGAAAGAAGUGAAAAAAUUAAAAGCAACUGUUUUCAAUGAAGAUACUCCUCUUUUCAAGGUAAAUUCAAUUUCUGCGUUCGUCUGCAAGCGGCAAAAAAGUGUGGUCUUGCAAUUAGCGCUCUACUUUUUCGAUAUAUAA